AUGGCAAUGAAGGAGGAGACAAGUCAGUGGAAGCAGGCCAUGAUUAAUUCCACAGCUGGGGCCAUUUCUGGUGCUAUUUCACGGACAGUGACGUCACCUCUUGAUGUUAUUAAAAUUAGAUUUCAGGUUCAACUAGAGCCCACUUCCUCUUGGACGUCACUACGCAGGGAUUUGUCUAAUCCCUCAAAAUAUACUGGCAUGUUUCAAGCAACCAAAGAUAUUUUUAGAGAAGAAGGCAUACGGGGUUUUUGGCGGGGUAAUGUGCCAGCUUUGCUCAUGGUUAUGCCAUAUACAGCUAUACAGUUUACUGUUUUACAUACAUUGAAGACUUUUGCCUCUGGUUCAUCCAAGACAGAGAAUCACAUUAAUCUGAGCCCUUAUCUAUCCUAUUUAAGCGGGGCAUUAGCUGGGUGUGCAGCUACUGUGGGGUCAUAUCCAUUUGAUCUUCUUCGAACUAUAUUAGCUUCUCAGGGUGAACCUAAGGUUUAUCCAAACAUGAGGUCAGCAUCCCUUGAUAUUCUCCGGACUCGUGGGUUUCGAGGCUUGUAUUCCGGAUUGUCACCGACACUAGUUGAGAUUAUACCCUAUGCUGGCCUACAAUUCGGCACUUAUGAUACAUUCAAACGAUGGGCCAUGGCGUGGAACCAUGCUCAAUAUUCAAAUACUGCUGCUGAAGAGAGCCUCUCGAGCUUUCAGCUUUUCCUGUGUGGGCUAGCAGCAGGAACAUGUGCCAAGCUUGUCUGUCAUCCACUUGAUGUAGUCAAGAAAAGAUUUCAGAUUGAAGGUUUACAAAGGCAUCCAAGAUAUGGAGCUCGGCUUAAACAUCGUGCAUAUAAAAAUAUGUUUGACGGCUUGAAACAGAUAUUACAGAUGGAGGGUUGGGCUGGUUUGUAUAAGGGGAUAGUUCCAUCUACUGUUAAAGCUGCACCAGCUGGUGCUGUAACUUUUGUUGCUUAUGAAUUGACAUCAGAUUGGCUGGAGUCUAUUUUGACUUGA